CUCUAAUCAUAGCCUAGCCACAUGACCACAUUAUAUCUAGAAAAGAUCAUGCCCGGCCAGUAUGAAUAGAUCUACAGAGAAUGAGGAGUUAAGUUUACAGAGUGCACCUUUUCUAAAGAAAAGGAAAGAGGGCAUGGAAAUGUCCUACAUCAGAAGACCAUGGCAGAUUGUGUCUCUGAUUUACAAAAGCAAAGUGUUCAAGAUUGAACCACUUCUGUUCCUAUACAUGUUCUCUAGAUUUUUCUUUACUCCGCUGUACCAGCAAUACUACUUUGUUAGGUUUGGCUCAGAUUUAUUGCAAAACACUUCAUUUCCAUUCCCCAAUGGCUCUUUCUGCCUUAACAGCUCUCUGGUGGACAAGUACGCUGGCUGUAAUGCUCACAAGACAGUGGAGUCAUAUUCCACAAAUCUGUUGCUGUAUGGACAGCUUGCAGUGCGUAUACCAGGAAUGAUAACUGUGCUCAUUGUAGGUCCUCUGUCUGACCGCUUCGGUCGCAAACUUGUGUUACUUUUGGCUCUGUUUGGUAAUUUGCUACAAAGUAUACUAGCAUUUUUUAUCAUCUGGUUUCAAUUGAACCCAUAUUACUUCAUUUUAUCGAACUUCUUCACUGGUUUGUGUGGAGAUUUCACUGGAGUUCUCGCUGGAUCGUUUUCUUACAUUGCAGAUGUCAGCUCACCAAAAUGGAGAACAUUUAGGAUUGGAAUAAUUGAAGGCAUGUUAGCCAUUGGUGGUGCAUUGGGACAAUUUUUAAGUGGGUAUUGGCUAAAUCAAAACAGUUGCAACUUCUUACCCAUAAUGGGUUCAGUAGUAGCUUGCUGUCUAGUUUCCCUUUUGUGGGUUUUAUUCUUGGUCCCCGAAUCUUUAUCACGUAAAGAGAGAUUAAAAAGAAUUGAAGAAAAACCAAAUGCCGUGCAAGUUGCUCUGCGAGGCCUGAAAAUGUUUUUGGGCAGAGUUCCACAGUACUCAGCGUGGAAGCUCUGGGCAGCAGUUGUAAUGCUGAACCUACCUUUAUUUAAUACCGAAGGAAAUAUUCUAAUCAGCGUUUACUUUCUUAAAGCCCCUCCAUUUGAUGUUGAUGCUACAGUUAUUGGAAUUCUCCAGUCUAUGCAAUCAGUUGCUCGAGCUGUAAGUGUGACGCUUGUUUUGUUCUCCUUUAGUGUUGCACUAAGACUACCCGAUAGCGUGAGUGCUUUUGUGGGAAUAUCAUUUCAAAUGGCUGCCAACAUAUUGACAGGCUUUGCUAAUAAAACCUUUCAACUGUAUUUCAUUGUUGUGGUGCAAGGUGUAGAAGCGAUUUCAUGGGCUGCUGGAAGAAGUUUAAUGUCUAAACUGGUGUCAAAGGGAGAUCAAGGAGCUCUUUUUUCUGUUGUAGCAUCAAUUCAGUCAGUUGUGUCCCUACUGUCAAGUUUACUAUGGCCUCCCCUCUACCCUCUAACGCAAACUAACAAUCUACCACCAGGGUUUAUUUUUCUUAUCAUGGCCCUGUUUGACGUCCUGGCAUACCCAAUGAUCAUUGCACUGAUGGUGUCACAAUUGUCCCAACGAUGGAAGAGUAGCAAAGUACCAUCAAAUACCGUGACCUCAAGUCAGGAUAAAGAAACUGAUAAACUACUUGUUAGUGGACAAAAAUUUUACUCUAGCUAACAAGAUCAGAGAGACUUAGCUAAUUUUUUACUCUUUUGUUUUAUAGAUUUGUAAGUGUGAGGAUUCUGUGCCAAAUUUGCUUUUGCACAAGC